GGCGUGGGUGAUCCUGAGGCUCGGCGCGCUUCGGGGCAGAAGCCCGGAGACGCCGUCGUCGACGCCGCUGCCACCCGUGCUUCUGCUGCUGCCCGCAGCCCCCCAGCCCCUUUCCCCGCCCGUGGCCCCGAGUCGGCCCUCCAGCCGAGCCCCGCCGGGCGCCGCGAGGCCCCUGGCGUUGGCAAGGCCGGGCCCGGCCCCGACGCCGCGCCGCCUUGCGCCUUGUGCCGAGCCCGACUGUCUCGACUCGCGACUCAGCGCUGUCUUCUUUCCCAGGACUGGUUCCGAGGGGGCCGCAGGCGCGCAGACUCGCCCCCCGCCGGAGCGCCCCGGCCCGGCCCGGGAGCGGCCCCUUGUAGAGGUUCGAGGAGCCUGCCGAGUGCCAUCCCGGGGCCCGACCGCCCACCGCCUGGCCCGCCGGCCCGCUUCUUCCUGAUGCAGACUGCCGUCCACUAGAGGCUGGACAGACCCCCGAGGUGAUUCAUGGCAGGGGACGUGGAAGGAUUCUGUUCCUCCAUCCAUGACACCAGUGUCUCUGCUGGGUUCAGAGCACUGUAUGAGGAGGGAUUGCUUCUUGAUGUCACUCUGGUUAUUGAAGAUCAUCAGUUCCAGGCCCAUAAAGCACUCUUGGCCACCCAGAGUGAUUACUUCAGAAUUAUGUUUACUGCAGACAUGAGGGAGCGAGAUCAGGACAAAAUUCAUUUAAAAGGUUUAACUGCUACUGGUUUCAGCCACGUGCUUCAAUUUAUGUACUAUGGAACUAUAGAACUGAGUAUGAAUACUGUUCAUGAGAUCCUUCAGGCUGCCAUGUAUGUUCAACUUAUAGAAGUGGUGAAGUUCUGCUGCUCUUUUCUGUUAGCCAAAAUCUGCUUAGAAAAUUGUGCAGAAAUUAUGAGACUCUUAGAUGAUUUUGGUGUUAACAUCGAGGGAGUCAGGGAGAAGUUGGACGCCUUUCUGCUAGACAACUUUGUGCCACUCAUGUCCAGGCCUGACUUCCUGUCUUAUCUUAGCUUUGAGAAGCUCAUGUCUUAUUUGGAUAAUGAUCAUCUGAGCAGGUUCCCAGAGAUAGAGCUGUACGAGGCUGUGCAGUCUUGGCUGCGGCAUGAUAGAAGACGCUGGAGACAUACCGAUACCAUCAUACAGAACAUCAGGUUUUGUUUGAUGACCCCAUCCAGUGUUUUUGAGAAGGUUAAGACAUCCGAAUUUUAUAGAUACUCCCGACAGCUGCGCUAUGAAGUUGACCAAGCACUGAAUUACUUUCAGAACAUUCACCAGCAGCCUUUGUUGGACAUGAAGUCAAGCCGCAUCCGUUCUGCCAAACCCCAAACUACAGUAUUCCGAGGCAUGAUUGGACAUAGCAUGGUUAACAGUAAAAUUCUUCUCUUAAAGAAACCAAGAGUCUGGUGGGAACUGGAGGGCCCACAAGUUCCUCUGCGCCCGGAUUGCCUUGCUAUCGUCAAUAACUUUGUGUUCUUGUUGGGCGGGGAAGAACUGGGCCCAGAUGGCGAAUUCCAUGCUUCUUCCAAAGUGUUCAGGUAUGACCCCAGGCAAAACUCUUGGCUCCGGAUGGCAGACAUGUCUGUGCCACGUUCAGAGUUUGCAGUUGGUGUCAUUGGAAAGUUUAUUUACGCUGUGGCAGGCAGAACCAGAGAUGAGACUUUCUAUUCAACUGAGAGGUAUGACAUCACCAAUGAUAAAUGGGAAUUUGUGGAUCCUUAUCCAGUUAACAAAUACGGACAUGAAGGGACAGUGCUCAAUAACAAGUUGUUCAUCACCGGUGGAAUCACCUCGUCUUCCACCUCCAAACAGGUGUGUGUGUUUGACCCCAGUAAAGAAGGGACCAUAGAACAGCGGACCAGGAGAACUCAAGUGGUUACCAACUGUUGGGAGAAUAAGAGCAAAAUGAAUUACGCAAGAUGCUUUCACAAGAUGAUUUCUUACAACGGCAAGCUUUAUGUCUUCGGUGGCGUCUGUGUGAUCUUGAGAGCCUCUUUUGAGUCUCAGGGAUGCCCUUCCACAGAAGUGUACAACCCAGAGACUGAUCAGUGGACCAUUUUGGCAUCCAUGCCAAUUGGCAGAAGUGGUCAUGGUGUGACUGUGCUGGACAAACAGAUAAUGGUUCUCGGAGGCCUUUGCUACAAUGGUCAUUACAGCGAUUCCAUUCUCACUUUUGAUCCAGAAGAAAACAAGUGGAAGGAAGACGAGUACCCGCGGAUGCCCUGCAAGCUAGAUGGUUUACAAGUAUGCAACCUGCAUUUUCCGGAAUAUAUACUGGACGAGGUCAGACGUUGCAACUAAUGACAUCUUUCUCCCUUUAAAUAAGCCAAACAAAAAAUUUGUUUGUGACAGAGUAGUUAAUUAAAAAACAUAAAGAAAAACCUCACCAGUUUUACUAUCAAAGCCAUUGGUCUAAUAUCGUAAAAAAUUCUUCAUUCUGUGCUAGCAUCCUUUUUUUUUUUUCUUUUUAGUGGCCUCAAACUCAUGCAAUAAGUUAAUUCGAAGCGCUAGCUCUUGAAACUACUUCCAGAAGCAGUUUAAUAGAGUGAUCCACUUAUCUGGGAAGUUGAUUUUAUGCUUUAAACAUUUCUUUCAGAUGUCAGCGUAGGAGUCAUGCCUCUUCUAAGAGAAGACCUGAUAAGUGUCACUGGAUGUAAUUUCGGUUCCUAUCUCAAUCUGAAAUCUUUUGGAACAUUUAUUUCAGUGUAUUUCAGUCUGUUUGACCUUUUGGUUUUAUUAUUUACGUUAAAACUCUUGACCUUUUUGCAUGGCUUUUUGCUGAAAAUGCAAAAAUAUAAAUUUUCUACAAAGUUAACUUUUUUAUAUUCAAAACACUAUUUCUAAGCUGCCUUCUCUUCUCUGCAUUGUGUUAGCGAAAGCAUACCCAUACUUGCGUACAUCUUAGGAACGUACAAGGCACAUCUCCUUUUAUGCGUGGUUAGGAUUCUAUAUUUUUAAGCUAGUGCACUUGCACACACGGUUUGCCAUACUUGUUGAAUUUUAGAUGUAACGUCUUUUCAUGUACUAACAUUUUUAGAAAGUUAAAAUAACUGGAGUCCUCAUUUGGUAUCAAAGUAGCCUAUCUUCAGUCCAUACUGAUUCAGUAAUAUUUGAGCUCCUUGUAUUCCUGAAACAUGUAUGGAUUUCUGAAAACUAACAUUUUGUAUUUUAUUUUCAAAAGUAAACGUUUAGUGUUCCUUAUCAACGUAUGUCUUCUUUUUGAAAAUGUUUUUCUUUGCAGUCUGUUUAACGUUACCCUGUUUUUAGUGAGAAUCGGAGUGGUAUAUGCAGUCCUGGCCCUGCAGCGUGCAAGCACUUUUAAAGAGAAUUUAGGUAAUACCAGACUCCUAAAUAAAGGCCCCCUAAAAGUAAGUGCAACUCCCGUUCUUUACAUUCAAGAAGGCUGCUGCAUCUGUUGUUGAAUGGAAAGUAGCAUCUCGUGGAAAAUUUGAGUUCAUUUUUGACUUAGAGGUAAGAAAUAGAAUUACAGUCUUACUGGUUAUAUCUACUUGUUUAUUUAGUACAAAAUAUUUAGUGGCACUGGGGAUGUAAGCCCUCAGCCUUUGUUUUAUUUACUGAAAGCUACUAGCAUGAAGGAUAGUAACCUCAAAAUUCAGAAUGCAUCAAAGUUAACUGUUUAAAAGCAUUUAUAAAAGUGUUGUAGGAUUAGCUGUGCACCUUUCAAGUCUUUCAACUCGAAGGAAAAUCAUGUAGUUGACAAAAUUAAGCAAGAAUAACCAGGGAGUGGAUCAUUCAAAUUGAUGCCAUUUUCUCUUGAGUAGAGUCUAUAUCUGAUACAGACUAGAUCUACACUGGCAAAACUUGCCAGAGCUUAGGAUAUUGGUGCAAUAUUGCAAUGCCUUCUUCUAUGGCUGUUGUAUAAAUUUUCUAGUUUCACUUUUUUGGUUUUGUUUUUUGUUUUUUAUUUUUUGUUUUCGUUUUUUUUGUUUUUUGUUUUUUUUUUGUUUUUUGUUUUUUUUUUUGCUGCUGCCACCACUGAACACAAAAUGGAAGAGUGAAGUCAUGAUCUUGUUUCCCAUGGUAAUAUGGGUAAAAGUCUUUUUCUACCUUUUAAAAAUCAUUUUUAAUCAUUUUAUUUUUGAAAACUAGGAAUUAGAGUAGCCAUUUAAUUCUUUUUCUAAUAUAUUAGUUGGUUUAGUGCUUUGUGUGCUUUCUUGCUUUAAAGAAAAUAAUGAUAAUGUCUUCAUUAUUUUCCUCAUUGUUGUCUUUUGCUGGAAAAGACCGAGACAGGGUACCCCUAUCAGGCUUUUACACUUUUACACACCAGUGGUGGUUCUUGUUAAUUGCUUAGAUAUGACUUCAUAGUCCUAGUUAGUGUAAGAUCUGGGCAAACUGUUGACUAUUCUUGGUCUAUCAUUCUAAAGACACAAGACCAAGAUCACAGUUCGUGUUUUGGAAAAUUUGUGAAAUCCUAACUUGAACUAACUGUGGGUUCAGCUUCACACGUGAGUCAUGUCUGACCUGAUGUUAGCUGUAGUCAGUUUUGAGCUUUAAGAAUAGUUGGUAUUGCUUGGGUUCUGAAUGUAUGAGAAAAUUCAUCCGUUUAUAUGUAGUGCUAAUAUAGGUUAUUUUAAAUCCACGAUUAACCUACAUUCCCUUUUAAAAUUACGGUUUCAUUGCUGAAAGAGAUUUAUUUUUGUUAUACUAAACUAUGGAAAAUUUUUCCAUAGAAUUUUUUUCACGUUUAUUUUUUGUGUGCUUCAUUUGGAACCAUUUUUUGUUUAGAUACAUUGUAUGUGCUCAAGGUAGUGGUUUUUAAAAAUUCAGUAAGAGAUUGGAAACUACAGUGUAACUGUUGUGAUCUUUGUGUGUUAAUUUUCACUUUACAUUUUAAACACCAGACUUGACAAAAAUAGCUGAUCUUCAGUAAUUGCAUCUUAAUUAGAAAUGUUUGUUCUGUUCCCUAUCUUUGACCUUGAAUUUCAGUUUUGACUUUAAUCUGCUUAAAGAAAAUCCUUGCACUACAGCCAUUUCACAAAAUUCAAGAUUCUCACUUUGAAGGUUUUGUAUUGGAAGAAGUACUACUGGUUUUUAUAAAAGCAAAGCGUAAUUAAUAGAAUUACUAGCUUUUCUUGAGACAACAUUCUCUGUGUCCUCAUUGCUCUGCUCUGUGUGUGCGUGUUACUCUAAUUUGUGAAAUAUUGACUGAGCCCUUCACUUAUCUUUUCUAAAGCAGCACCUUUGGACACCUCAUUCUGGGAAGCCUGCUCGAGUCAUAGUAAAGGACACACACAUUUGUGUGGGGAGAAGUGGUAAAAAUGGAGAGUUUUGUCUUAAUUACAUGAAACUAAGCUUUAAAAUAUUUUAUAACAAAUUAUUUGAGCUGCAUAACCUAAACAUGUCAAACGUUCAGUGGGACUAUUUUUAUAUAUGUAUAUGUGGUUGUAGGUCAUAACAUUUCAGUUUAUAAUAUAAAUCGAUAUUUCAGUUUAUAAGCUAUCUCUCAGAAAAGACUAGCUCUUUUGAGAAUACAUAAUUUAAAGUUUUAGACUGAAGUAAAACACAACAUAGAUAAUAGUGUAAAUUAGCUGUAACUGAGGGCUAUAUGGCAGUAAAACUGCCAGUGCCAUUUUUCUUGUUUGCCUACUAUACGUUUUUGAUUUUUUUUUUUGUACUCAACAUUUUUAGGGAUCAUACGUUUAUUCAAUCAGAUUAGAGUUGGUUUGGGAAUAAAUAUCUUCUAAAAGAGAUUUAUCUUCAAAAUGAAAGUCCUGAGAAAUUAGUUUAUCGAGAGUUUAUAAAGUCAAAUAUUCAAUAGACACAGACCAGAAUAGGUAAGCUCAUGCAGUCCUACCCUUGCAGUACAUACACCCGUGUGACUUCACUGGUACACGGGCGACGCUGAGAGAAUGCCCUCAGCGUGGUUUGUUCCCCCUUCAUAAUCUGGGAUUUUCUUUUUUUACAUCUUUGGGAACAGCUACAUUAAAAACCUUAUUAAUCAGUAUAUCAGUAAGGGUUAGGUGUUUGCUUUCUGAAGGAAUGUUCCAGUGAGAUAGUCGGAGAGGUUAUUUUCUACCUAACUUGUAUAUGCCCUGUACCUCUUGGGCAUACUUUGUCUAUAGAAAAAUAUUUUGACCUUUAGGUACAUUUUGGGCCAGUAGUCAAAUAAUCCUAAGGCCGAUUUAAAAAUCUUAGAAUAAUUUAAGGUUUGCCUUUUAUACCUGUUUUGAAAGCCUUUACAUUUUUGUCAGGUAAUUUUUCCCAAGCCGUGAAUAUAAUCUAUUCAAACAUGUUUAUGCUAUCCAUUCUGUUUUUAAAUUGAAAAAAAAUGUUAAAAGUGUUUAUGAAGAAAAGUUUAAAUAAAAUAUUUUUAAUCUUUAAAAUCUA